ACUCCACCGCCGAGAAUUAUUUCAACCUCAGAUUGCUUCUUCCGUCCGUCUCUCUCACGCGCUUCGCUGCUCCAACUGCCCUCGCUGUUACGCAAUUCGUCAUCAAUGGGCGAUGCAACAGAGCAAUCAAUGCUCGCCUUCCAAUCCAAUCGGUUUCCGCACGUCUCUUUUGACUUUCGAUCCGCUGCCCUCUUUUCAUCUCUUCUGUUUUUUUCUCGAUUGGUCAGCUAAAUAAACAUUCCUUUCUCAUUCCGAUAAAUCGACGAUCUGUCGGCUUGACUGGCCACCGGCGCCUGCUCCGAUCCGAUCGGCGAUGGCUUUUUUCAGGAAAGGAAGCAAGAAAGGAGCCUCCUUUUUGCUCCUGGCGCUGCUGCUGAUGUCGUGUUCCACCUUCUUCGCCCCGUCGCUCGCCGACCCUAGAAUCGCCCAAGCGGCGCUCAUAUGCACCAACCACACCGCCUCCGCCGCAGCCAGAUCCCCCUUCAUCGCCAACUUCCUCUCCGCCAUGGACGCCGUCACCCCGCAGAUCUCCGCCCGACAGUACGCCAGGGUCGUCGUCACCGGCGGAACCGAUCCCCCCAACGCCUCCUCGGUCUACGCCUUCGGCCAGUGCUUGAGGGACCUCUCCAAGUCCGACUGCGACCUCUGCUUCGCCACCUGCAAGACACAGAUCCUCAGGUGCCUUCCCUUCCAGAAAACCACCCGAGGUGGUCGCAAUUUCUUGGACGGUUGCUAUCUCAGGUAUGACGACUACCAAUUCUUCGGAGAGGCACAGAGCCAAUAUGAUAGAGUUGUCUGCAGUGAGCAAGAGUACACAGGGAAUGCUACUUCUUUCUCUGCAAAUGCAAGAAAAUUGAUCAGGAACCUGACUGAUGAGGCUCCAAGGAACAAUGGCUUUCUUGUUGGCUCUGUUGAAGGAGGCAAUUCUACUGUGUAUGGACUGGGGCAGUGUUGGGAGUUUGUGAACAGGACCUCAUGCCAGACAUGCUUGCUUGCCGCUAGAAUGGCAAUUCAUUCAUGCAUACCUAGGCAGGAAGGAAGGGUGCUGAACUCCGGGUGUUACUUGAGGUAUGCCACCACUCGGUUUUACGACAAUUCGACAAAUGAUGCUGCUGAAGGAGGUGGCAGACACAUUGCCGUGAUCCUGGCCGUUCUUUCGUCAGUUUUGGCAUCGGUGAUGAUUUUAUCAGCAGUUAUAUUCAUCCUUAGGGGAAAGAUUAUAAAGAGGAGGAAAGAAAGGAAGCAGUUGGGAGCUUUAGCACCUACUGUAAGAAAAUCUAAUCUCAACUUCAAAUACGAGACACUCGAAAAGGCCACCAACUUUUUUAGCAACGACAAUAAACUGGGUCAAGGAGGCUCUGGAUCAGUGUUCAAGGGAGUUCUACCAGAUGGGAGGCGUGUUGCUGUAAAGAGACUAUAUUACAAUACAAGGCAAUGGGUCGAUCACUUCUUCAAUGAAGUCAAUUUGAUAAGCGGAAUCGAACACAAGAAUCUCGUCAAGCUAUUGGGCUGCAGUAUCACUGGUCCUGAGAGCCUUCUUGUAUAUGAAUAUGUACCAAACAAGAGCCUUGAUCAUUACCUUUCUGAUGAUGCAAAUGCCAGGCUGCUUAGCUGGAGCAUACGAUACAACAUCAUCCUGGGGACUGCAGAAGGUUUGACUUAUCUUCAUCAAGAGUCGCAACUACGAAUCAUUCAUAGAGAUAUUAAGCUGAGCAAUAUACUGCUCGAUGAAGAGUAUGCUGCUAAAAUUGCUGAUUUUGGACUUGUUAGACUUUUCCCAGAGGACAAAACCCACAUUAGCACCGGUGUAGUUGGAACUUUAGGCUACAUGGCUCCAGAGUAUGUUGUUCAAGGCAAGUUGACUGAGAAAGUCGAUGUUUUCAGUUUUGGAGUUUUUUUGGUCGAGAUCAUGACCGGAAGAAAGACUAGUUUCCAAUCGCAGGAUACUGUCUCGGCUUUGCAAAUGGUUUGGAGUCUCUACACUUCAGAUAGAUUGCUGGAAGCUAUGGAUCCUAUUUUACAAGGCAAUUUUCCGACAGAGAAGGCGUCUCGAGCGCUUCAAAUUGGGCUCCUUUGUGCUCAAGCAUCUGCUGAGCUAAGACCGAUGAUGUCGUCGGUCGUUAAAAUGCUCAAGGAUGAUUCCCCUAUCCCUUCCCCAACCCAACCACCAUUUCUCAGCUCCAGCAUUCGGAGAGGACUGGCGGCUCAAAUGAAAGUUAAUUCCAGGAAUGGAACUUCCACUCAAUCUUCAGAGAACAGCACAACAAUGACGGUAAUCGAGCCAAGGUAAAAGGAUUGAAACACUAUUUCACUCUAUGUAGGUUGUGAUUGAAUCGAGAGUAUAGGCUGUGAAUUUACAUUUAGACAGACUUAUUUGAAACAAAUUUUGGCCUGGAUCUUUAGGUUAGAAAUUGUAUUUAGCAUAAAUAAUGAAAGGCCAUUGUUUCUUCCAACUUUGAAAGAUUUAUCCAAAAACUUCUCUGAGCUGAUAUAUUCAGGUAAAGGAAAGAAGUACUUUACCUUGCCUUUUGAAUCUCCUCUCAAAGUCACUACUGAACGAUGGAUCCUUCCUCAGCUCGCUGAAUGGAGUUAUCUGCCCUGAAUCCACAGGCUGGACAUGUAAGAACCAAAACUGAUUACUAGAGUUUGAUAGUAAAUUUGUGAAGAAUGUUUCAGUGAUCAAUGUUCUUAUUCUCCUAGUAUAAAAUAUUACAUGUGAAAAGUGAAUACAUUAUUCAUGCCCUCAA